UCAUUUGCUAUUUUUUAUAAUUUCAUUUCAUAAAAUAAUCAAUACGAUCCAAUUUUUUUACUUUUUUAGGAACUGUUUUGCAUAUAAUGAUUUUCUUGACUGCUCUAUACAACGACUACUCUACUGAAAAAAAAGAUAUGGAGAAGGAGAAACGUCCCAAACGGACUGUCAUCAAACCGCGACGAUAUCAGACGACAUCUUCGGACGAGGCGGAUUCAGGGAGAAGAACAUUCGUGGAGCUACAGAGCAACCAAUUAGAAGACGAUAUUGCUGAGUUACGGGGAGUAUUAGAAAAUAAUUCUCCCGAUAUUGAUAUGCAUGCUCACUCUAAUCAUUCACUUACUUACACACCUUUAAUUGAUCACACCAAACAUGCCAAUAAUACACCACACACUAGUGACACAACACAUUUAUUGACUUAUACACAACCAACUGUCAAUCAUACAACACAAGCAUUCUGUCCCAAUGAUACAACUUAUUCAUUAGCUUACACACAACCAUUAACUACUAAUCACACAACACAAGCACCUUUCAUGCAUGAUAAAUCACAAUCAUUAUCCCACGCACAAAACUUUCAUCAUACAACGCAAACAUUCACACACGAACCACAUGCGUCUGUUACUCAUACACAAACACACACACAACAUAUUGGUAACAGAUUAAAUACAUCAUAUAACACUCAGUUACACACUUCAAAUACUUGGCCGAUUGAAAUUCGUCGCCUGCCAAGCCCUGCACCAUCAUCAUCGCGAGCUCCAGGAACAGGAGAAUUUUAUGAUAUGAGACCAGAAAUUCA